UAAAAUAUCAUGUCAACAUAAUUUUAGUAAAAGAGAUUACAAUACGAAGAAUAAAACUUAGAAGAGAAUUCAGAUUAGCUUCCUCCUAAUUGCUCUUAUAAAAAGGUUUCUAGCACCUAAUACAUAGUUUAAUAUAUAGGAUUGAAAGGUACUCCUCAUGAGGGUAAUAAAAUGAAUUUAUAAAUAGGUGCUCAUAUUGUUGUUGAUGUUGAUUUAAAUGGAACUAAUGGAUCUCCAGGAUUUCCAGCUGAAGCCCCUAACAUCACAUUCAGAAAUGGUUUUUAACAUGUUAAUGUCUAUCCAAUGGGAAAAUUGUGUAUGUAUCUUUCAAAUAAAGAAACAUUUACAUCAGGCACAACUCUGUUAGAAAUAUUUUCAGGCAUUAAUUAGGUCAUUCAUCAGUAUUUAGUUUAUAAUAUAUUACAGUCCAACAUUUCAUGAUCCAGCUAAUGCUUCAAUAUUGAUUUAAGAGGGAGGAAAAGGUUAUGAUGAAAAAAUGAGAGAUUAAGCCAGAAGAUUGAGUUAAGCUUAAUAUAAAGUAAUAUGAGGGAGAUUUAAAUAAAUUAAUAUAUGCAUAAAAUCAUC